AUGGAUCCUUCUGUCAUUAAAAUUGCAAUGUAUAUAAGGCAGCUUAAUGAAAUCAUGGACUCAAAACAGUACUCCAAAGCGAAAUGCAAAGAAGUUCUCGACAAAAUUGGACCUUUAUUGAAAAACUCUCAAUAUCAGUGCAUACCGAAAAUCAUUUUUAACUUUGAUUGUGCAAACUGCCACACAAAAGAUCUGAAAAAGCGAAUAAAACUAACUUGCAAUCAUUUUAUCUGUAGCCCUGACUGUUUAAAGAAUUUAUCAUAAGCGAUAAUAAGCUUUACUUUAAAAAAAAAAUGCCUUAAUUUAUAUAAAUUUUAUUGAUUUUUUUUAAAAAUUUAACCUACCACAGUAUAAUAGAAAAAAUAACAAAUGGGAAUAUCAAAGAAUGGAGGACUUCGGGGUGUCCAGUUGAAGGCUGUGCCAAGGAAAUUCCUAAAGAAAUUAUUGCUUUAGGAUACGGCGGACCAGAUGAACUCGACAAACUUCUAGAACCAUUACUACAGUGUGGUAUCUGCACCAUGUCAAAGAGGGCUAGCGAAUUUAUCACCUUAGACUGUGACCACAGAUACUGCGAAGAAUGCUUCAGAGGAUAUUUCGCUGAUCUUAUAACCCAAGGAAAAACAUCCCGAGAGCAUUUUGUAUGCCCUGAAUGCAGCGAUGAAAUUGACAUGCAAAUUAUAACAAGCAGACUGUCCGUAGAAGAAAGAGAAAAAUUAGAAACUUAUUUGCUUAAGAAUUGACAGCCAAGUGAAGAAGACAAGCUAAACUCAAUCUAUUUUAAAUGCCCAACCCCUAAUUGCACCUACAGUUGCUUACUCCUUCCCCUCCGUGAGCGAACAAACAAAUUUUGUUCACUCACAAAGGGGUUUUAACUUUUUAAAAAAAUUUAUUAUAGAAUUUUUUUUCUUCAAAUUUAAUAAAAUUCCAAUCGUAAAAAUUAAUUCAAUUUGUAAAAUUUAUGUUUUAAAAUGCAAUCUGUUUAAAAUUAAAAGAAUUAGCUAGAAAUUUCAUUAUAAUAAUUAUCACUUAUAAAUCAUAAAAAAUUUUUGUUAGCUCAUAGAGGUGGGUCUUAGGCAAAAAACAGGGGAUUUUUCUAAUGGUUUUGUUCGCUUACUGAUGGGGGAGAUAGAUAGUUCCGUGCAAUUAUGAAGAAGUUGAAUGUUUGGCAUGUGCCCAGAAAUGAUGUCCAAGAUGCCAAAACCCUCCACAUCCUCAGAUGACCUGCGAAGCUUAUAAAGAAAGGCUUAAUAUGAACGACGACAUAAAAGCUUUAAUGGAAAAUGAAAAUUUCACCGUCUGUCCUUGAUGCCAAGUUCUCAUCGAGAAAAACAAAGGGUGCAAAUAUAUGGCUUGCACAUCAGAAAAAUGCAAAGGGAAGCGAUAUUUUUGUUUUGACUGCAGGACAAAGCUGCUAGAAAGGCAUCAGAAGCAUGAAUGCCCAACUCCUGAUAUUUUGAGAAACAGGUGUAGCGUGUUUUAG